AUGAUACUUUUCUAACUAACAAAUAUAUAAUUAUACUACAUCUAUGAAAUAAUUAAAUUUACUAUGUGGCAUGAACUAAAUAUCAUUGAUUUAAAAAAUUCAAUGAUGCCGACGAAACAUGAUUCUAAAGCUACUUAAUUUUAAUAGGUUUUGCUGAUUUACUAUUAGAUGAAUAAAUUUUUGCUUCUUAUCCUAAAACAUUGACAUUCACAAAAAAAAAACUUGGUUUUAAGUUUUCCAACACUUUCACUUUGGUUAUCCAAACCAUUACAUAAACUAUUUUCUAUACUUUGAGGUAUAGGUUACGUAUGUAGGUUUGUACUUAUCGUUCGUCAAUAUUCAAAUCCUACAACUUUGAUUUUUUUUAUAUUUUAAUAUGACAGUUGUGAAAACUGCGAUUUUACCAUGUAGAAACAGUUUCUCUUUAUUGUUUGGAUUAUUUUGUAUUCAAUUAUUUCAAUUUUGCACACCUUCUUCUGAAAUGGACAAAAACGGAGUUGUUCCUGACGUAAUCGAUAAAAUUCCACCCAAAAUUGUCGAAGUUACAUAUGCAGAUGGCAUCAAAGUCCAAAUGGGAAACGAACUAACGCCUACCAAGGUAAAAGAUCCUCCAACAGUUCAAUGGGAAACUGAGCCUGGAGUUUUUUAUCUACUGUGUAUGACCGAUCCAGAUGCGCCCAGCCGUAAAGAUCCACAGUUUCGUGAGUGGCAUCACUGGCUUGUAGGUAACAUAUCCGGAUGUGACGUAACAAAAGCCUGCGUUAUAUCCGAAUAUAUCGGAUCUGGACCGCCGAAAGAUACAGGCCUUCACAGGUAUGUUUUUCUGGUUUACAAACAGCCAAAAAAGCUCCUCUUUGCAGAGAAAAAAUUGACCAACAAAUCUGGCGAUGGUAGAGGGAAAUUUAGCAUACGAAAUUUCGCUGCCAAAUACAGGCUGGGGGAACCUAUUGCAGGAAAUUUUUUUCAAGCGCAAUGGGAUGAUUAUGUGCCUACCCUUUACAAACAAUUGGGCAUGUAAAACAUUUUGUAUUCAUUCGUAAAAAUAUUUCUCAGAAGUUGUCAUACAGUCAAUUUUUGACGGUAACAAACUGAAUAUAAUUAAGAAGGUGAUAGAACUUUUACAUAUCAUCGACCUGCGAACUUAAUUGCACGUUGUAUAGUGUCAACUUGAUAAAUUAGGAUAAUUACCUGAUGUUUGUAGACGCAGAAUUGAAAUAAAAAAUUUUCAGAGUGA